UCAAACUUGUUUUAAUAAUUCUUGUAAAUAAAUAAAAUUAUUUCGGGCACAGCAAUGAAUAAGUAUGUCCAAAAUGUGGCUUUUUUCUAGACAACAAUUUGCAAAAACCUGUAAAGCAUAUUUUAAAAGAACAGUUAAAACAGCUGCUACAAGAGUUCGAUUUGCACCGAGUCCUACUGGUUAUUUACACUUAGGUGGUCUCAGAACAGCCCUGUACAAUCAUUUAUUUGCAAAAUCCCGCAAUGGAAUAUUUAUACUGCGUAUAGAAGAUACAGAUCAAACCAGAAAAGUUGAAGGAUCUGUAGCUGCCCUGAUAGGCGAUUUAAACUGGGCGGGCAUAGAGUGUCAUGAAGGGCCGAAUAAUGCUGGUCCCUUCGGUCCUUACGUACAAAGUGAGAGAUUACAUAUUUAUCAGGAGCACAUUCAGAAACUACUAGACAAUGGUUCAGCAUACAAGUGUUUCUGCACAGACAGACGUUUAAAUAUCUUACGCAGGGAUGCCAUCAAAAGACACCAAAUUCCAAAAUAUGAUAACAAGUGUAGGAGUCUAUCAAAUGAAGAAGUUAAAGCUAAGAUUAAGUCUGGAACACCUUACUGUGUUAGAUUCAAGCUAUUAUCUGACUGUCAGUCCUUUGAAGACAUGAUAUUUGGCGGAAUUGCAUAUGAUGUUUCUCUCAACGAAGGUGACCCGGUAUUGAUGAAGAGUGAUGGUUUCCCGACUUACCACUUUGCUAAUGUUGUCGAUGACCAUCUCAUGCAAAUAUCACAUGUGCUCCGUGGUGUCGAGUGGCAAAUAUCUACUACAAAACAUUUGUUGUUAUACAGAGCAUUUGGCUGGACUCCACCGCAGUUUGGUCACCUGCCUCUCAUAGUGAACGCGGAUGGUACGAAACUUAGCAAAAGACAGAGUGACGUAAGAGUUGAAGAUUAUAGAAAUAAAGGUGUUUACCCGCUGGCGCUUGUGAACUACAUCACGAUGGCGGGAGGCGGGUUUGACCACGUCGCCGGCGCUGGUGUCUCGCUCAAAACCAUGGAUCAACUGGCGGCUGAGUUCCAGGUAGACAAAAUAAAUUCGCAUCCGAGUCGUCUCAACCCAGACUUAUUAGAAGAAUGCAACAGGCUGGAGAUAAAGAGACAGCUACUACAAGAAGACACAUCAAAGGCACUAGUCGACCAACUACAAAAACUUAUUCAAGAGAAAUAUCCACACGAAAACCUCAACAUAUCCGAAGAUCACAUAAGAAAUGUUCUAAAUUGGGCUACAGCAAGAAUAUCGAGAAUAGAAGAACUGGUUUCAUCAAAAUUCGGCUUUCUAUGGAUAUUACCGUCGCAAAAUAAUUUAGAAAUAAACAGAAACGUUUUAGAAAAACUUGUAAAUAAUUUAGAAAACGUUGAUAAGUUCGAGCAGAACUCUCUAAAGGAGAAUUUGAAGCGAUUUUCGUGUGAGAACGAAAUGAAAUUUCCAGUUUUAAUGAAAAUGCUGAGAUGUGCUUUGAGUGGCUUGGAUGAGGGUCCAUCUGUUGCAGAAAUGAUGCAGUUGUUGGGUAAGCGUCAGUCGUUAGAUAGAAUAAAAGCUGUUAUAAAAUAGA